AUGAUUACGCCGAAACCCAACAUCAGUGAUCGCGCCAGAAAUGCACUACUCAACUAUAGUUGGCCGGGAAAUAUCCGUGAGCUUGAAAAUAAUAUCCAUUAUGCACUGCUCAUCAGUGGUGGCAAAACCAUUGAUAUUGAACAUUUAAGAGGAGGGUGGCUCAAGCGUUUUACCAGAUAA